GGACAUCCUGAUGGGAAUGAUGGAGUCCGUGUCGCGGAUCACGUCCUGAACAGACCCUCCGAUCACCUCUGAUCCUCACCUUGAACGUGUUGCACCGCGUGACAGCGGAGCUGUGCGCGCGCUCAGACCCAGCCUGAUGUUUGUGUAUCAGAAGAGGAUGAUGAUGAUGAAGGGGGAACUAGGUGUAGAGUCUGAAUAGACUGAGCAUCGUUUCCUCGUUAGAGGGCGAUUAUUUACCAGAUAUUCCAGGAGAAAGAAAAGGUCUUCAUCUGUGUGUUUCUCUGUUCGCAGCAUCAUGUUGGCCAGGAAGGGCCUCCUCCCAGAUGGGUUUCUGCUGACCCGGCUGGCCGAGGACCAGAACCAGCCCAACCGCAUCCGCUCCAGGUCCCAGAGAGCUCGCUUCAUCACCAAAACCGGAUCAUGCAAUGUGGUUCACAAGAACAUCAUGGAGCAGGGUCGCUUCCUGCUGGACGUCUUCACCACCAUGGUGGACCUCAAGUGGCAGCACUCGCUCCUCAUCUUCACCUCGGCCUUCCUCUGCUCCUGGAUGCUCUUCGCCAUGGUCUGGUGGCUCCUGGCCUUCGCCCAUGGAGACCUGGAGCCCCGUGACCCAGACAGCGGCCCCGGUCCAGUCCCCUGCGUCACCGCCAUCCACUCCUUCACCUCAGCCUUCCUCUUCUCCAUUGAAGUCCAGGUGACCAUCGGAUUUGGUGGCAGGAUGGUGACAGAGGAAUGCCCCGUGGCCAUCAUCAUGCUGAUCAUCCAGAACAUUUUGGGGCUGAUCAUCAACGCCGUGAUGCUCGGCUGCGUCUUCAUGAAGACGGCGCAAGCCAACCGGAGAGCGGAGACGCUCAUCUUCUCCAGGAACGCUGUCAUCGCCACACGAAACGGCCGGCCCACCUUCAUGUUUAGAGUCGGAGACCUGAGGAAGAGUAUGAUCAUCUCGGCCACCAUUCAGCUGCAGGUGAUCCGCCGCACCGUGACGGCUGAGGGCGAGGUGGUUCCAGUUUGCCAGCUGGACAUCCAGGUGGAGAACCCUCUGAGGAGUAAUGGCAUCUUCCUGGUUUCUCCUUUGAUCAUCAGCCACACCAUCGAUCGAGGGAGUCCUCUGUACGACCUGUCUGCCCAGUCUCUGGCUACUGAGGACCUGGAAAUUAUCGUCAUCCUGGAAGGUGUGGUGGAGACCACAGGCAUCACCAUGCAGGCUCGCACCUCCUACACCCCCGAGGAGAUCCUGUGGGGGAGGCGCUUCGUCUCCAUCAUCACAGAGGAGGACGCCCGCUACUGCGUGGACUACUCCAAGUUCGGAAACACCGUCCCGGUCCGGAUGUCAUCCCUCAGCGCCAAGGAGCUGGACCAGAGCCGGGGAGUCCAGGAGGGGCCGUCUGAGACCCAGCUGCAAGGGUGGGGGCUGGUUCGGGCCGGCAGGGGGGGCUUCCGCAGAGGAGGGCGCACCUGUGAAGGCUCAGCCCCCCACCCCUGGUACAACCAAUCAGCGAAGCAGGAGAAAGAUGUGGAGCAGAAAGGCCAGAAUAAGAAAGUGCAGCUGGAGGUGAUCGGACGGCAGUUGGAGGAAGAUGGACUCGGAGAAAUGAGCGACUGAACCAGUAUGUGGGACUGGAUCAGGAAUGGUGGGGGGCGUCUCCAUAGAGACGGACACAUCUUUGUCUGGUGGUCAGAACAGACUCCAUCCUGCCUCUUCUCUCUUUUACUGUUUGAUUAUUGACCUGUCAUGUUUUUGUGCGUUUUUCUGUAUCAGUAAAUAAUUGAUGACGCUCACAUAUCCAGAUUAUUUACCGAUUCCCUCAGAAUAAAUGACGGACGCUCACAGGACGCCUCACAAUGUUUUAUCUCUCAGUAGAUUAAAAUCAUUUUCUCUGCUCUUGUUGUUUGUAACGUUUAAAUAAAUCAGUGUUUGUUUUUUUUAUUCUC